AUGUCUGACGGGACUUCAAGAGGCAUCAGCAGGGAGGAAUUAGUGCACAGGAUUGGAAUGGCACAAGGCAUCAUUGGAAUGAUUCUCAACACUCUAGCUUGGCUGGUCAUCCUUCGCACCAAAAACCUCCACAAUAUGACUAACUAUUUGCUGGCAUAUCUCGCUGUGAGUGACUGUGUCUUUUGCUUUUCUGUAGUUCUUUAUCACUCUACUGUACUGUACAGCACUGCAACUUGGUGGGAUACUUACUACCAAGCCACUCUCAAGAGAAGUGCUCAACAACUCCAACAACAGAAUGCACAAGCAGCAGCCCUUGAACUUUUACAGGCCAGACAGAAUGUGAUGAAUACACUAAGGAUUGUUAUGGGUGCAUUAGUUGUUCUGUGGACGCCAUUAGCAAUACGAAUCAUGCUUUGCUCAUUAUCUAAAGAUGAAAACUUGUGUGGAUCCAAAACUAGUCAAGUGAUCGGUAUCCUUCUUGUUGCCAUGUACAACAUGAACUCAGUGAUCAAUCCCAUCAUUUAUGUCUUCAAGUACAAGAAGUUUCGGAGAGGUCUUCAAGACAUGCUGUGUUGUUGCGUUGGUCGACCUCUCAGGCGAAACCGCAUUGAAGUUCAGAUUGCUAUGAAUGAACACACUGCAUAG